UGAACAGUCACCUUGCCAGCAAAAUCCAUCAGGAGGGACCAGACUCCCCUGUACCCAGCUGUCUGUCUAUGAAGAGCGACCACUCUAUGGAUCAGCCAAAACGUUUCAAGGAGGGUGACCUCUCUACACAACCAGGGGUCCAUCAAGAGAGACCAGACUCCCCUGUACCCAGCUGUCUGUCCAUGAAGAGUGAAACGUCUAUGGGUCAUCCAAUUAACUUCAGGGAGGGACAAUUCCCUACAGAACCAGGGGUCCAUCAGGAGAGACCAGCUUCCCCUGUACCCAGCUGUCUGUCUAUGAAGAGUGAAAAGUCUAUGGGUCAGCCAAUUAACUUCAUGGAGGGAGAAUUCCCAACUGAACCAGGGGUCCAUCAGGAGAGACCAGCUUCCCCUGUACCCAGCUGUCUGUCUAUGAAGAGUGAAAAGUCUAUGGGUCAGCCAAUUAACUUCAUGGAGGGAGAAUUCCCAACUGAACCAGGGGUCCAUCAGGAGAGACCAGCUUCCCCUGUACCCAGCUGUCUGUCUUUGAAGAGUGAAAAGUCUAUGGGUCAGCCAAUUAACUUCAUGGAGGCAGAAUUCCCAACUGAACCAGGGGUCCAUCAGGAGAGACCAGCUUCCCCUGUACCCAGCUGUCUGUCUAUGAAGAGUGAAAAGUCUAUGGGUCAGCCAAUUAACUUCAUGGAGGGAGAAUUCCCAACUGAACCAGGGGUCCAUCAGGAGAGACCAGCUUCCCCUGUACCCAGCUGUCUGUCUAUGAAGAGUGAAAAGUCUAUGGGUCAGCCAAUUAACUUCAUGGAGGGAGAAUUCCCAACUGAACCAGGGGUCCAUCAGGAGAGACCAGCUUCCCCUGUACCCAGCUGUCUGUCUUUGAAGAGUGAAAAGUCUAUGGGUCAGCCAAUUAACUUCAUGGAGGGAGAAUUCCCAACUGAACCAGGGGUCCAUCAGGAGAGACCAGCUUCCCCUGUACCCAGCUGUCUGUCUAUGAAGAGUGAAAAGUCUAUGGGUCAGCCAAUUAACUUCAUGGAGGGAGAAUUCCCAACUGAACCAGGGGUCCAUCAGGAGAGACCAGCUUCCCCUGUACCCAGCUGUCUGUCUUUGAAGAGUGAAAAGUCUAUGGGUCAGCCAAUUAACUUCAUGGAGGCAGAAUUCCCAACUGAACCAGGGGUCCAUCAGGAGAGACCAGCUUCCCCUGUACCCAGCUGUCUGUCUAUGAAGAGUGAAAAGUCUAUGGGUCAUCCAAUUAACUUCAGGGAGGGACAGUUCCCUACUGAACCAGGCAUGGAACAUGGCGGAGACUACAGGAGGAAAGCUGCACCAAGACCAUGUGAAAUUCUUCUGAGUGUCCGACAAGACAUUAAGACCAAAAUGAAAAAUAAAUAUAAAAUACUUUGUGAAGGAAUUGGACAGCAUGGAAAUCCAACUCUCUUAAAGGACAUCUACACAGAGCUCUACAUUACAGAGGGUGGAGGUGGAGGAGUCAAUAAAGAACAUGAGGUGACACAAAUUGAGAUGGCAUCCAAGAGACAAACCACACAAGACACGCCAAUCAAAUGUAGAGACAUCUUUAAGCCAAUAAAACACCAUCUCCUGAUCCGGAAACCAACAUCUGAAUCGUUAAACCAUGAAGACAUAUUCUCUAUGACCAAGGGUUACAUUACAUCAGACAGGACUGCCUCAUCAUAUGAAUAUGAGUCAGACAUAUCUCGGUUUCAUUUAUCUGGACAAGACAAACAUAUCAAAAGGAAAGGUUUGAGAAACUUGACCAAAGGAAUUGCUGGCAUUGGAAAAACAGUCUCUGUGCAUAAGGUCAUCCUUGACUGGGCAGAUGGAAAAGCCAAUCAAGACAUUCAUUUCAUAUUUCCUCUUCCUUUCAGGGAUCUGAACCGGAUCAAGGAUGAAAAUAGUCUUAUGCAACUUCUUUCACGCUAUUUCCCAGAGCUGAAAGAGAUUAACUGGAUUGAAGAUGGUUUAACCAAAACUGUUUUUAUUUUUGAUGGUCUGGAUGAGUGUCGACUGCCUCUAGACUUUAAAAACAAUAAGAAGUGCUGUGAUGUCACAGAACCAACCUCAGUGGACGUGUUGCUGACAAACCUUAUCGAGGGAAAUCUGCUUCCCUCUGCUCUCCUCUGGAUAACCACACGACCUGCAGCAGCCAAUCGGAUCCCUCCUGAAUGUGUUGACCAAGUCACAGAGAUACGAGGGUUCAAUGAGCCACAGAAAGAGGAGUACUUCAGGAAGAAAAUCACAGACCAGAAUCUGGCCACAGAAAUCAUCAAACACAUUAAAACAUCCAGAAGCCUCCACAUCAUGUGUCACAUACCAGUCUUCUGUUGGAUAUCAGCCACUGUCCUUGAGUCGAUGCUGAAAGAAGCAGAGAAGGAUAAAAUCCCCCAAACUCUGACCCAGAUGUACGAACACUUCCUGCUCAUCCAAACCAGUAUAAAAAACAAAAAGUACAACAAAUAUACAGAAACAAAUCCAAAAGAACUGUCUCAGUCUGACAAAGACAUGAUCCUGAAGUUGUCAAAGCUGGCUUUCCAACAGCUUCAGAAUGGAAACCUGAUCUUCUAUGAGGAGGAACUGAGAGAGUGUGACAUUGAUGUCUCAGAGGCAUCAGAGUACUCAGCACUGUGUACAGAGAUCUUUAAAGAAGAAUCUGGGCUUUACCAAGAGAAGGUCUUUAGCUUUGUUCAUCUGAGCAUUCAGGAGUUUCUAGCAGCAGUACACGUUCUAGAAUCUUGUCUGGGCAAGGAGGAACUUGUUUUCCCCUUAAAAGAUAUCACAGAGUCCCCGUUCCAACAUGAUGAUGAUGAUGAUGAUGAUGGUGGUGAUAGUGAUGGUGAUGAUUUAAUCAACCCAUUUCCCGAUUAUGAUGAAUAUGAUCAUUAUGAUUAUGAAGAUUAUAAUGAUGUUGAAGUAAGAAAGUCAGACAAGUUAUCUGACUUGUACUUCAGAGCAGUGGACCAGGCCUUGAAGAGUGAGAAUGGACACCUGGACCUGUUCCUUCGCUUCCUUCUGGGUCUGUCACUGGAGUCCAAUCAGAAUCUCUUACAGGGUAUUCUGACACUGACAGGAAGUGAAACACAGAGCAAUAUGAAAACAGUUAAGAGAACAGUAGAGUACCUUUCAAAGAAGAUCAAGAUGGAAACCUUACCAGAAAGGAUCAUCAACUUGUUCCACUGUCUUAAUGAACUCGGAGACAACUAUCUAGUUGCAGAUAUUCAGACCUCCCUGCAAUCUGGUACUCUUUCAGAAACAAAGCUUGAACCUCACCAAUGUUCAGCCCUGGCUUACCUGUUUCUUAUGUCAGAGGAGGUACUGGAGGAGUUUGACAUGAAGACAUACAAGACAUCACAGGAAGGUUAUCAGAGGUUGCUGCCGAUAGUGAAAACCUGCAAGAGAGCACUACUGGAUGGCUGUAUCCUAACAUAUGAAUCCUGUCAGACUCUGGCUUUAGCAUUGCAUACACCAAACUGCCCCCUGAGAGAACUGGACCUCAGCUACAAUCACCUAGAAGACAGAGGAGUGGAGCUGCUCUGUGCUGGACUAACCAGUCCAUUCUGCAACAUACAGACACUUGUUUUAGGCCAUUGUGGUCUGACAGAGGACUGCUGUUCAGAUCUGGCCUCAGUCUUGCGUUCCUCCAACUCCCAACUGAAACAACUGGACCUGAAAGACAAUGACCUUCUGGACACGGGAAUUACACUGCUCUCUGUUGGACUGGAGGAUCCAAACUGUCAACUACACACACUUGGAAAUCGAGACUCAUCAGACCAGGCAACAUUCUUCCAGUCUUCAACUGUCCAAUUUUGUCUGUCAGGCUGUGUGGUCACAGAGAAAGGCAGUGCUUCUUUGGACUCAGCUUUGAAAUCAAACCCCUCACACCUGAAAGCAUUGGACCUGAGCUACAAUCACCCAGGAGACUCAGGAUUCAAACUGCUGUCUGCUGGACUGGAGGAUCCAAACUGGAGACUGGAGAACCUCCGUAUGGAUCAUGGUGGUGAAUGCAGGUUGAAAUCAGGACCCAGAAAAUAUGCCUGUGAUCUCAGACUGGACCUAAACACAGUAAACUAUGAUCUUCUUCUGUCUGAGGAGAACAGAAUGGUGACAUGGGGCACAGAGGAGCAGCUGUAUCCUGAUCAUCCAGAGAGAUUUGUGGAUUUGAAACAGGUGUUGUGUAGAGAGGGUCUGUCUGGACGCCGUUACUGGGAGGUAGAGUGGGAUGGGUGCAGGGCUUAUAUAGGAAUGACAUAUAAAGGAAUCAACAGAAGAGGAGAGGAUGAUGACUGCAAGCUUGGAGACAAUGACAAGUCCUGGAUUCUGUUUUGUAAGAGGGACAGUUACUCUGCCUGUCACAAUAACAAUACAACUGUUAUAACUGUCACCCCGUCAGACUCCCACAGAGUAGGAGUGUAUCUGGACUGGUCAGCCGGCAAUCUGUCCUUCUACAGGGUCUCCUCUGACACACUGACCCACCUGAAGACAUUCCACACAAUAUUUACUGAGCCCCUCUAUCCAGGGUUUAGGGUUGGGUUAUUUUCCUGUGUGUCUCUGUGUCAGGUGGUCCCUGUGUCAAACACAACAUGACUUUUCACUGUAAUCAUGGUAUUUUUUGAUUGGACGCACUUUUACAAUACAUUGACAAUAUCUAGUGAGUAAACAUAUACAUCAUAAAAUAAAAAUAAUGAAUAAACACCACUGAAGUUGUAAGCUGUAAAUCAGAGAGACUUCCUUUGCCCACAGAACAGAUCCAAUCCUUCUUGGAAUGCUGUCAUACAAGUCCUGAACUGUGUGUAGUGGGAUAUCGCACCAUUUUCCAAGAACAAAAGCCUAGCCAUAGUGUACAUUGUCCUGUAAAAUGACCUUAUAUUCAAUGGCUGUUAGUCGACCAUGUAGAGCAAUCAUCAGACCCAAUGAGUCCAAUGAGAUGGCUGCUAACAGAAACCCUUCUGGUUGUAGGAAUUAUAUAAGACUAUAUUCAUUUUUUUGCAUUGCUCAGUGGUUCAGGUUUUGUACUCCUUACCAAGUGUUAUGAGUCUGUGUUCCUUGCAUACAAGCAUUUUCCAAAUGGCCACCCUGCCAUGAAUUCCAGCUUUUGGAAUUUCUCAACUUAUAGUUUUGCAUGAGAUUCGGCAACAAAGAUGCUGAUUCAAUUCUGUGGCAAUUUUGGAGGCUGUGCUUUUGGGGCAUUGAACUGCUAUCCUGCUGAGUGUAUAUAUUGCUGUUGGUCGGCUUUUACUUGUGACCACUUUUCCUUUUUGCCGAUGCAAUUGGCAAUAAACCUAAUGUGACCUUUACAGCUGCGUUUGUAAUUGGGAUUUAUUUACUUCAAAGUAACAUGUUUUGUAAUAGAAUAAAAUAUUCCAUAGUUUUUCCCUUU